GAUAACCCUGCCAUCCAUUAUGGGUUAGUCGCCAGCGCAAAUCAGUUGAUAAAGGAUACACUUGCUCAGGACAAGCUGGCGGCUAAUUUAGACGUUCUUUGUUUUGAGAUAGAGACGGCUGGCUUAAUAAACUAUUUCCCGUAUCUAGUAAUCCGCAGGAUAUGCAACUACUCU